AAGCCAGAUGGGCGUGGUUUAAGUUACAACAUGGCUGCGCCCAUUAGCAAGUGCAAGUAAACAAGUUUGUUGAGAAAGAUGACAAUUUCUUUUUGCUAUUCAACCUUCGUGAUUCUUCUUGUGUGCAUGAUUUUGAGCCCAAUCGCAGAUGCAGGAGGGCCACCCAAACAUAAAGACAAAAAGCAAAACAACAAAAACCAGAAAGAUGUAAAACUCUCUGAUAAAACUGUUGAAGAUCGUGGAUUAGUACAGGAGAAUCCACGGACCAAGGACAUCCUGAGUGAGAAUGGAAACUUCUGCAGCAAGAAAGUGGAAGAUAGACAAUUCCAUGGAGAGAUGUUGGGAUAUGUAACACCGUGGAACAACCGUGGCUAUGACAUUGCUAAGAUCUUUGGAGGAAAGUUCACUGUUAUUUCACCUGUCUGGCUUCAGGUGAAAAGAAAGUCAGAAGAAGAAUAUGUGAUAAAUGGAGGACAGGAUAUCGAUAAAGGCUGGAUGAAAAGUGUUAAGAAAGGAAAGCGCAGUGUUAAAAUAUACCCUCGACUUCUCUUUGACCAGUGGACCAAACAUGACUUCAUAGCCGUUUUUCAAGAAGAGACAGAACUUCAAGCCUUAGCAAAGACAAUAGCAGCAUACUAUAAAAAACAGAGUUUUGAUGGUAUAGUUCUUGAGGUGUGGAGCCAGCUAGGAGGACAAGCCAAAACAGAACUUCAGCACUUGGUUGUGGACAUAGCAGAUGCAAUGCACAACUCUCAUAUGAAGCUUGUUCUUGUGAUACCACCUCCUGUCAUGGCCAGUGGUCCCGGAAUGUUUUCAAGCAGUGAUUUCAAGACACUGUAUCCAGUUGUUGAUGAAUUCAGUUUGAUGACCUACGACUACUCAAGUGCACAAUCACCAGGACCAAACUCCCCUAUUGACUGGGUCAGAUCAUGUGUCAAGGAAAUAGCACCCGACAACGAAGCUGACCAAAGAUCUAAGAUUCUCCUCGGGCUAAAUUUUUAUGGGUAUGACUACGGGCCACAGUCAGCUGAGGCUAUCAUUGGACCAAGGUAUCUCGAUUUGCUAAAGAAACACAAACUCAAGUGGAAUACAGCACAAGCAGAGCAUGUCUUUGAUUACAAGAAAGAUGGACCAUGGGUACAUCAAGUCUAUUAUCCAUCACUCAAGUCCAUUCAAGUUCGUCUUCAGCUGGCCCAGGAACUAGGCACAGGAAUAUCUAUCUGGGAAUUAGGACAAGGAUUGGAUUACUUCUAUGACCUCCUGUAGACUGUAUGACAGCAAUAACUGAGGUUUCAGGUAAUUUGCACACAAUGCAGCAACCGCUCCAAGGCAUUACAAUAGACCUCUCGAUAAAGCGCCCCGACUGUGGGGAGGUCUUUGUUCUACUGUUAUACACACUGGAAGAAACUUUGUAUUUUUAUUGCCCCUGAAUUUAACUAACCUGUCCUCGGCAAGAGUGCUGUGUGGAUAGUGUGAAAUUGUUAUUUUUUGAAAAUGGCUUUUAUUUCAUUUUUCUUUUAUUAGAUAUAUUUUAAAACAAUUAGAUCAAGUUUUUUCUUUAUUUGCUGUUUUAGAAUAUAUAUUCUAGAAGUUUGUUAAAAAGAAUGAAACUGAAAUGUGCCUUUCAUUUUUGUGACUAUUCUGGUCUGAUUUUAAAAAGAUAUUAAAUAAGAGAGAAAUAAAGACCAUUCAUCAAAAAAUAUUACAAUUCAGAAUGGUUUUAUUUUA